AUGGAGAGUCACAGCAACUUCAGCAGCGCUCGUGCCAACGCCUGCGCUUACAGCGGCAAAUGGAUGUUCGAAGUCGUGCUAGGCACGGGCGGCGUUCAGCAGAUCGGUUGGUCCACACUAGAGUGUCGCUUCUCGAACGAGAAUGGCGUUGGCGAUUCUGCCGAUUCGUACGCGUACGACGGUGCUCGAGUGAAGCGGUGGAACAAGACCAGGCCGGCGGCCUACGGCCAGCACUGGCUGCCUGGCGAUGUUAUCGGCGUGUGCAUCGACCUUCCAGUCCAGCCAUCGCCGGUCGCUACCGAGAACGGCGAAGGCCUGGAAUCAGAGGAGAAGAACAAGGCUGUCGACGUCGACUCUCUCCCGGAAAGCGGAGAGACCCCGAGCCAGGAGUCGCAAGACGGUACCGCCGAAAAGCAGAGCGAGGAGGCGAGCGAGAAGCGAGACGCCGAGGAAGCUAUUGAAGAGGACGAUAGCGAGGAAGAGGAGGAGGAGGAGCUCUAUGGCACGAUCAGCUUCUACAGGAAUGGAGAGCCACUGGGUCCCGCCUUCCAGAAGGUGCGGACUGGAACCGGGCUGGCCUACUUUCCCACGAUUUCCCUGUCUCAUAGGGAGAGGUCUCUUCUCAACUUCGGAUCAAAGCCGUUCUACUUCCCCGUGCCCGGGUUCCAACCGAUUCAACAGCAACCCACCUCGAUCAAGCUCAAGAAGGCGGAUUACCUCUUCGAGUGCCUGGAGCGCUUGAUCUGUCACUCUGUCAGUGCCGCCCUCUCUUCUCCUGCCACGAGCAGUAGCAGCUCCACUUCCACCUCUUCGCCCCACUCUCCUUCGCUCUACCAGUUCGUGCUGCCUCAGGAGGACGUCACCAUCCUCGCAGCCAAGAUCUUGGAGAACUUGGCUGAGUACCUGGCCGACGACUACAUCAUCGUUUCGUCCUUCAUCCCCUUCCUCGUUCGACUCCUCGAGGAGGACACUACGACUCACGAAAACGGAAACCACCAUGCCCGCAUCAGCUACAACGGCGAAAGGGCAGUGGCCAAGCUGCUCGACCUCAUGGCGAUCUGUCUCGAGCCGUUCGAGUUAGUGCCCUGCAUCGAUGCCACGAUCCACCAUCUGACGGUGAAAGCGCGCUGCGAACUGCCAGGUGGGUUCGAGCACCUGCCCAAGGACCCGAGCGACGUCAAGUCAUCGAAGGGUCCCUACGCCAAGUGGGCACCCAGUGAAUACAUUCACAGCGUGAAGCUCCUGGUGAACCUCCUCAAGUCGUCUCACGUGAUGAACCUCCAGCUCAACGAUUUGCUGGAGGCCAUGUUCACAUCGAAGCAACCUACGAUGGGCGACCUGGUACACGUGUUCCCUUCGGUGCAUUGGGAGGGCUCUCUAGAGGAUGGCAAGUCGGUGUCGAAAGAGAAGUACGAGGAGAGACUCGGUCAGAUGAAGGCGCUGGUGGAGGAGCACGACGAGCUCUUGGUCAAGCUGUGCUCGCUCUUCCUCGGCGACGACACUCCAAACGUGAGCCAGUGGCGAGACGAAGGCCGUAAGGUCAGGCACUCGCGACGACGAAGGAUCAGCCUCACGCCGCACGAGGAGCGUGAGCGAAAAUCGCCGCAGGGCAUCUUCCUGGAGUUCCUAAAGCUCAUCGUUGACAAGAACUCUGCCUUCAACAGAGACCCGCCACCUCCCGGCCUGUCGGACAACUCGACCCUAGCUAGCCUUUACUUUGCGCUGCUGGGCACGCUCGAAGACUACUUGGCUGCGUCGACGAGAACGGCCGCGCGGUUCCCUGUCGGGUUCUUCUGUGGAAAGCACCUGGACGCGUUCGACCUCACCAGGCUUGGCGGGUUGAUGGGACAUCUUCGGAAGAACUAUCCAGUGAAGCUGGUCGACCUCAAGAAGAAGAGGAUCGCCAAGAGGACGAACCGAAAGGCCGGGGGAGAGCGAAGGAAGGACAGCAAGGACCGUACGGUGAGCCGACACGGCCACCCCGAGGAGAACGGGCUCGUCCACGCGGAAGUGGAGGAGGAGAUUUCCGAGGAGAGCAUCGAGUCCGCGGAGCCGCCGCUCGAGGUGAUAGCCUUGAAUUCCGCCAUCACUUUCUUCAGAUACAUUAUGGGCGUGAUGUUCAAGGCUGCGGCCAUUCAGAUGCAGAACCGGCUACAGGCGAUUGCGCUGUUGGAGGAUAUGGAUGCCAGGAUCGCCAAGGCCAAGAGCGAAGGCUCUACAGAGGAGGCUGACCACCUUCAAAACGCGCGUGGCGUGUAUCUCGAGGAUGCCAUUGAGUCCACUAAGGAGAAGCGGAUGUACGACCUGGUCAUCUUCUUGGUGCGCCUCUUCCGGAACAUCUCCGACGAGACUCCAGAGGCGUUCCCCUACAUCCCGCAAAUGUAUCUCGAGACCUCCAUUGAGGCCUUCCACUCGUUGCGCAGAGCCGAUCCGCCCUACGACCUCCUGCAAGAGUCGAACAGGGAGGGGAUGCAAGAGGUGCUCACAUUCCUCAUCACGCAUUUCCCCGAUGCACGGAUCAUCAACCCCGCAAGACUCAUGUGCCAUGUCAUGUCAUUCCCUCGCCGUAUAGACACAAGGGAUUCGCUGCUGCAGUCCAUUUCCGUGCUCCUGCAGCAACCCAACUUUGUACAGCACUUGGAGGCAAACCCCAUUGCGCGGGAGCAGCUGCUGCCGAUGAUGAUCGCGGCAUUUGACAACCGCAAUUGGGCCACCGUUGCCACCAUGUUUCCCCGACUUCUGAAGGGCAAGGGCUUCGCGCAAGACGCCAAGGCCAAAGAGGGCGACAACGAGCCCUCUGAGGUCUUCGCCGCGCUGCUCAGGCAGUUCUAUGAGAGCGACAAGGCCGAUGGCGGCAAUGUGAUGUCCGAGUUCAUCAACAAGCUCUUCAACAAUUUGAACUGGACAGUGUCGGAGCUGGAGGUCGCCAUGCGAAACUUAAUCCAAUCGACACAAAACGUGUUCGCCUAUGAGGAAGAGACGCAGACGCUUCAGCGACGAUGCAGCAUCAUGUUCGAACUAUCGGUUUCCCUUCUCAGAAUGGUGGAGGCCAUCUCGCUCGAGACUCCCAGGGCCAUUCUGGAUGAAGAGCUCAAUAUCGCUCGCAUAUGUGAGCUGCUGCUGUACGUCGUCAGCAGAACGACCACCGGGCCAAACGCGUCGAUCUUUGAGAGUGUCACCUCGCUCGACAUUAUGCGCGUCGGCAGAGUUUCGCAGAUCACUCGGUUUGCGAUCUUGGCACCCGUCGUGGGCAUUCUGCUCAACCUCCAUCGACCUCGAACAACAGGAACGGAGCCUCCGAAGUACGACGUCAUCGACACCCUGCUGGCCACCGCGCAGUUCACGAUGGAGACCCUCGACUACAUUGCCGGUCUGGCCUGGAGUGCUGAACUGUCUCCAGCGCGUGUCGACGACGAACUGCGACGUCUGGACGGGUUCAUGCAGGACCUCAAGAACAGGGACGCCGAGAAGAAGGACAAGGAGAUCAACACCAGCCAGUCCGCCGAUGAGGAGGGCGAGCUCUGUCCCAUCUGCUACGCCGACGUGAUCAAUACCACGUUUUUGCCGUGCAAGCAUCAGUCGUGCAAGAGGUGCAUCCAGCGGCACAUGCUGCAGAGCAAGACGUGCUUCUUCUGCAAGGCUGAUGUGGCUUCUCUUGAGUUUGCAUGA